AUGCCAGAUCUCUUGGACUGUCCUGUAGCUCUCCUCAUUGGUUAUGACUGUACAAGAGCUCUAAAACCAAGGAAGGUCAUACCCGGAGAGGAUUAUGAUCCCUAUGCAGUUAAAACAGACUUGGGAUGGAGCAUUGUGGGACCCAUUAAGCCAUGGACAGGUUCAGUGGGCGCAACUGGGACCUGCCAUCGUGUAAUAGUAAAGGAAUUGCCAUCUAUUACACCUGCAUCUGUGAUUAAAGCACUUGAAGCUGAUUUUCUGGACACUAACCCCAAAGAAGGGAACAUAUCUCAAGAGGACAUUAAGUUUUUAGAGAUGCUAAAUGAAAACAUUCACUACAAUGAGCAAGGUCAUUUAGAAAUGCCUUUACCUUUUAAAGAACGUCCACAGCUUCCAAAUAACAAGCAGCUUGCAACAGUUCGUCUGAAAUAUUUGAAAAUGAAAAUGGACAAGAACCCCAAGUACAAAGAAGAUUACAUAAAGUUCAUGAAUAAUGUGUUUAAAGAUGGUGAUGCAGAGGAAGCAGAAGAAACACCACAGGAUGGUAACACAUGGUACAUUCCACACCACGGUGUGUAUCACCCCAGAAAGCCAGAAAAAAUUAGAGUUGUUUUUGACUGCUCUGCUAAACAUGAAGACACCUCUUUAAAUGACCACUUACUUACAGGCCCAGACUUGAUCAAUACUCUGGCAGGAAUAUUGUGCAGAUUCCGAGAGAACAGAAUCGCAAUAAUGUGCGAUGUGGAGAAAAUGUUUCACCGCUUCCAUGUUAAUCCAGAGGAUCGAGAUUUCUUAAGGUUUUUGUGGUGGAAGGAUGGAAAUACAAAUACUGAGCCAAAGGAAUAUCACAUGCGAGUGCAUGUGUUUGGUGCAGCGUCAUCGCCUGGAUGUGCUAACUUUGGCAUGAAACAUCUUGCCAGAAGAAACGAAAAGGACUACCCACUGGCAGCCAGUUUCAUUCACAAAAACUUUUAUGUGGAUGAUGGGCUUCUCAGUGUUGAAACAGAUAAGAAAGCCAAGCAGCUAGUCUGUGAAGCACUCAAACUCUGUGUUAAAGGGAAGUUGCGUUUGCACAAAUUUGUGUGCAACAACAAAGAGGUCAUGAGUGUUAUUCCUGAAACUGAACGAGCUGGCAACACUACGGAUGUAAACAUGAACUACUCUGAAGUUCCAAUGAAAAGUGUGCUGGGAGUAAAAUGGAAUGUGGAAGCCGAUGUGUUCACAUUCAGUGGAGCCCUCAAAGAAAGGCCAGCCACACGCCGAGGAAUUCUAGCAACAGUAGCAAGUGUGUAUGACCCGUUAGGAUUUCUUUCACCCUACACUUUGAUAGGAAAACAAGUACUCCAGGAAAUGUGCAAAAGUGGAGUUGGAUGGGAUGAACCUGUUCCUUCCGCACUGGAAACCAAGUGGAAAGCUUGGCUCUGUGACUUGGAAAAUCUUCGAAAGGUCGAAAUACCUAGAUGCCUCUUUCCUGAGAACCUAGGCAAAAUCAAAAAGGUUGAGCUGCAUCAUUUUUCUGAUGCUAGCAGCAGUGGCUAUGGACAAUGCUCAUACAUUAGGUUUGUUACAGAUGAACAAGUGCAUUGUGCUCUAGUUAUGGGUAAAGCCAGAGUGGCACCUAUAAAAAUAGUCACAAUCCCGCGCCUCGAGCUCACUGCAGCUGCAGUUUCUGCUUUUGUUAGUAACUUUCUUAGAGCAGAGCUUGAGCGGAAAAUCGACGAGGAGUUUUUCUGGACAGAUUCUCAAGUGACUCUUGGGUACAUAAAAAACGAUGCUCGUCGCUUUCAUGUGUUUGUUGCAAAUCGAGUUCAAAAAAUAAGAGACACUACAGACCCAAACCAAUGGUUUUACAUUAAAGCUGAUCAAAAUCCAGCUGACCACACAUCUAGAGGCCUCAAGGUGGCAGAGCUAAUAAACUCAAACUGGCUCACUGGACCUAAAUUCCUUUGGGAAAGAGAAAUUAUCACAAACCAACAAUCUCCAGAACUUCUUGUUGGUGACCCAGAGGUAAAAGUUCUUAAAACAGAUGCUAUUGAGCAAGACAGGUUUCUUGAGAGGUUCAUGAAAUGCUCUUAUUGGAUCACAGCACUUAAUGUGGUGGCAAGGAUUAAAAGACUUGCAAAAAGAGACAAAUCAGGAGCCAUCAGUGUGAAAGAAAGACAAAUGGCUGCUUCUGUACUCUUCCAGCUAGCACAGAAGGAAGCUUUUGAAGAGGAACUCAGAUGGUUUAGUCAAAAAACAGCUAAACUACCAAAAGCCCAUAAGAUGUAUCAACUGGAUCCUAUCCUUGUAGACAACUUGCUUAGAGUAGGAGGACGGUUGAGAAAGUCCUCAGCAUCAUUUGAACUGAAACAUCCAGUAAUCCUUCCUAAAGAAGGCAUUGUCACUCAGCUUGUUCUUGACCACUACCACAAGAAAACACAGCACCAAGGCAGAGGCCAAACUCUGAACGAACUUAGAGCAAAUGGUUAUUGGAUCAUAGGUGCUAGUAAGGUAGUGGCCAAGCUCAUUAAAGAAUGCAUCAUUUGUAGAAAGGUGCGUGGACCAACUGAAGAACAACGCAUGGCUGAUUUACCAUGUGACAGAGUAAAUCCUUCACCACCUUUCACCUACACUGGACUUGAUGUGUUUGGCCCCUUCUAUACGAAACAGGGUCGAAAAGAGUGUAAGAGAUAUGGCUUGAUGUUUACUUGUUUAAGUUCUAGAGCUGUACACAUUGAGAUUUUGGAGGAUCUCUCCACUGACGCAUUUAUAAAUGCUUUAAGAUGCUUCAUAGCUAUCAGGGGCACAGUGAGACAAAUUCGUUCUGACCAAGGUACCAAUUUUGUAGGGGGAAAGAACGAGUUCAAAAAGUGUCUGUUGGAGUUAGACAACGAGAGGAUUUCUACUUAUCUUGCUAAAAACCAAUGUGAUUUUCUGAUGAAUGUUCCCGAAGCUAGUCACAGGGGAGGCGUUUGGGAGCGCCAGAUCCGGACAGUUAGGAACGUCAUGAGCUCUGUCCUAGCACAAGCCACAGGAAGAUUAGAUGACACCUCCUUGAGAACUUUUUUCUAUGAGGCCAUGUCAAUUUUGAACCAGCAUCCACUCACUACUAACACAAUGAAUGAUCCCAAGAGUGCUGAGCCUUUGACGCCUAACCAUUUGCUCACUAUGAAAGAAUCAGUACCACUUCCGCCUCCUGGUAGAUUUGUCAGUGAAGAUUUAUAUGCCAGAAAAAGGUGGCGGAGAGUGCAAUAUUUAACGGAACUGUUUUGGAGCAGGUGGCGCAAAGGAUACUUGACUACCAUUAGUUUGAGGCAACAAUGGCACAACCCCAAAAGAAAUGUUCAAGUUGGAGAUGUAGUGAUAUUAAAGGAAGACAACAUUCCAAGAAAUUAAUGGAAAUUGGCAAAGGUAGUUGAAGCCAGUGAAGACGAUGAUGGUUUAGUGAGAAAGGUUAAGAUCCAAGUAGGUCAAAGAGAUUUAGGGAACAAAGGUGAACGUCUGAGACAACUAUCUUUUCUGGAGAGACCUGUUCAAAAACUAGUGGUUUUGGUUAAAAGUGAGUCCUAAACUACAGUAAAGUACAAAAUUUGAUACAACAUUAAAAUGUGAUAUUUGAGUUUAUCAAGUUACUGAUUUCUGUGUGUUUCAUAACAAAGGUUUAUAGUUGAUAGUUAUUUUAUUGAAAAUUACAAGAUUUAAAGUUCUUUAAUGUGUAGUGAAUUUCAAUCAUUGUAAUUUUGGUGGCAGUGUAGCUGUCGCAGUUAAAUGUGGUUAUUCAUUGUCAUUUGUUUGAUUUAACUGUGGAAAUAUUUAAUUUAAUUUCUUUGUUGAUUUGACGCCACCUGCUGGCUGGAUUGAAAUUUGACACUGGAAGGUGCGCGCGAGCGGAGCGAAUGAUUAACUGACACAAGCACGGAGAAGCGACCAGAAGAAGCUCACAUCGGAUAAAGAAAAGUGGACAUGGACUGAAAUUGCUUGUGAAUAUUAAGUGGAGAGGCGCACACGUUUUUCACGGUGUUUGCUGGUAACAAGAAGAUAAAGAACCAGUUGAACAUCAGUUGGAGCAUGACGUUUUAUUCCACAAAAAACAAAAUAUCCUUCAUGAGCAGUUACACCUUAGCCCUCAGCUGUAAUGACUUUAUGGGAUUUUUCACAAGUAAAAUUAAUUCUAUUAGAAAGAAAAUCUUUAGCAUCCUCCCUAAUGCGAUUUCUUCUUCCUCAGUAAGUGAGGCAGCAUCAGAGGUAACUGUAGAACCUCAUCUGUGUUUGAUCCGUUUUGAUCCAGUUGAGCUUUCAGAGUUAUCAAAAAUAUUAGCUUUAUCUAAACCUUCAACUUGCAUUUUAGAUCCAAUCCCAACCAAACUAUUUAAAGAUACAUUUCCUUUGGUUACUGCCCCCAUUCUAGAUAUAAUCAAUCUAUCCUUAGUAAAUUGAUAUGUACCACAUGAUUUUAAGGUUGCUGUAAUCAAACCUUCACUUAAGAAGCCUUCUCUAGAUCCAGAUGACCCAAUUAUAGACCAACAUCUAACCUUCCAUUUUUAUCCAAAGUCCUGGAGAAAAUAGUGGCCAUCCAAGUAUGUGAGCAUUUAAACACUAAUUAUCUGUUUGAGGAAUUUCAGUCUGGUUUUAGAGAGUAUCACAGCACUGAAACUGCAUUAGUGAAAGUUACAAAUGAUAUUAUCAUGUUCUCAGAUAAGAAUCUUGGGUCUGUUCUAGUCUUGUUAAAUCUCAGUGCUGCCUUUGACACAAUAGAUCACAAUGUUCUUAUAGAAAGACUUGAACAUGUUGUAGGGAUCAAUGGAACAGCACUAGGCUGGUUUAAAUCCUACCUGUCUGAUAGAUUUCAUUUUGUAAAUGUACAUGACAAAUCGUCUUUAUACUCCAAGGAUACUUGUGGAGUACCACAGGGUUCAGUGCUUGGACCAAUUUUUUUUACUAUAUAUAUGCUCCCAAUUGGUAAAAUCAUUAGACAGCACGGGGUAAACUUUCACUGUUAUGCUGACGAUACUCAGUUAUAUUUAUCCAUUAACCCUGAUGAACCUAAUCGGUUAGGUAGAUUACAGGCUUGUCUCGAGGGCAUAAAAAAUUGGAUGACUCUAAACUUUUUGCUUUUAAAUCAAGACAAGACGGAAGUUCUCAUCUUUGGACCAGAAAUCCAGAUAAGGAAAUUGCUUAGUCAAUCACCAGACCUGAAUGGCAUUACAUUAAUCUCCGAGAACAAAGUAAGGAGCCUUGGUGUUAUCUUUGACCAGGACAUGCCAUUCAAAUCCCAAGUUAAACAGGUUUGUAGGAUCUCCUUUUUCCACCUUCGGAAUGUUGUUAAGAUUAGAAGCAUCCUUUCCAGAAGUGAUGCUGAAAAACUAGUUCAUGCAUUUAUUACAUCAAGGCUGGAUUACUGUAAUUUAUUACUCUCAGAAAGUCCACAGAAUGUAGUUAAAAGUCUUCUGCUUGUCCAAAAUGCUGCAGCUAGAGUUCUGAUGAGAAUUAAAAAGAGAGAUCAUAUCUCUCCUGUCUUAGCUUCCCUACACUGGCUGCCUGUUAAAUUCAGAAUAGAUUUUAAGAUCCUCCUUCUUGCAUAUAAAGCUCUUAAUAAUCAAGCUCCAUCAUACAUCAGUGAUCUGAUUGUUCCAUACGUUCCUAACCGAGCACUUAGCUCUCAGACUGCAGGUUUAGUGGUGGUUCCCAGAAUAUCUAAAAUUAGGAUGGGAGGCAGAUCUUUUAGUUAUCAGGCUCCUCUCCAGUGGAACCAGCUCCCAGCCUUAAUCCAUGAGGCAGACACCUUGUCUACUUUUAAGACUAGGCUUAAAACAUUUUUAUUUGAUGGGGCCUAUGGUUAAAAUCUGAUGUUAGCCUAGAUCUGGACAAGUGGGGGAGUAGAGGGAGGUGGAGUGUGCAGUCAGUGAAGGCGGCUCUCCCUUGCCCUGGCUCCAACAUGUCUCCAUCUAUAAAGGCUAGGUUAUCCAGAGUAAUCUCUGUAGUUGUGCUGUUAUAGGCUGAGACUGCUGGAGGACACACUGAACACUUUUCACACUCUACUCCUUUCUUCUACAAUCUGCUCUUUAACUGUAUUAUUUUCUGCUAUGUCAGCUGUUAACUUUAUUUUCUCUCUAAGUGUUUUUCUCCCCAGAAGAAGCUACAAUGAUGUUCUGCUGAGCUGCGGUGGCCUCAUGAAGGGCCCAUCGUCUAGCACACUGCUGCUAACCACUUAAACAUUCUCCCUCUCCUGAUAAUAACUUUUUGCUUUCCUUGACGUUGGAUGUGCUACUACUAGUUUACCCGUUUAAUUAUAGAUCCACUAGGAUAAAUAUAAUAAAGUUUAUCUCUCACCAAAUAGAAUAUUUACUAAGAAAUCACAAUAUAACUAUAGACACAUUACUUGUCUUUGUGUGUGUGUGUGUGUGUGUGUGUGUGUGUGUGUGUGUGUGUGUGUGUGUGUGUGUGUGUGUGUGUGUGUGUGUGUGUGUGUGUGUGUGUGUGUGCCUGCUCUGUCUUCUCGAUCCCCAGUGAGUCGUGGAGGAUGGCUGCUUAUACUGAGCCAGGAUUCUCUGGAGGUUUCUUCCUGUUAAAAGGGAGUUUUCCUCUCCACUGUCGCUUUAUGCUUGCUUAGUAUGAGGAUUGCUGUAAAGUCACUGACAUUAGUCAGUGACUUGAUGCAAUUUGCUGGAUUCCUUAUAUAGAAAACAUUAUUUCUGAUUGGCUUAAUGAACUGACCUGAAUUAGAAUGUUUAUUAUGUGAAGUGCCUUGAGACGACUCGUCGUGAUUUGGCGCUAUAUAAAUAAAAUUGAAUUGAAUUGAAUUGACAAAUGCGCGUUUGUCCAAUAUUGAAGGGGACACGUCCCACCCGUCCCCCCCGGUUCCUACGCCCUUGGGACAUACCUUCGCCCUCAGUGUCCACCAGCGAGUCUGAGGGUUGCAGCCAUGGCAGACACCACAGCUCUGGUCAGCCACCUCAACAAUGGAGGUGCAGAACAUGGCCCACUCUGACUCAAUGUCCCCCACAUCCUCUGGGACAUGUUUGAAGUUAUGGUCUCCAGCACACCCUCUGAGAACUCCAAAACGGGUGGAUAAUCUGACCUGCAGUUGGUGCACAAGCUCAGUAAGACCCCUUCUCACCUCAUGUGGGCAGAGGGAGGCUAACCUGUCUUUCACAGGGGUAAACUCCUAUGUACAGGCAUCAAGAUGGGGGUGCAACAAGCAUACCCACCCCUGCUCAGUGCCUCUCAGUGGGCAGCAACUUGAAAGUGGAAGAAUGUCCAACUUCUCUCGGGAAAACUGGCUCCGGAAUUAGAGCUUUAGGUCGAGGUGAGUCCAACCUCACCGCUUUGGCCCCUCCCACGAGUGAUGAGCUCCUGGAAAAGGAAGCAUAAUAUGUACUUUAACAGUUUUUUCGAUCUUUACUGUAUCCAUUUCAUUCCCAGACAAAACUUUCUAGCCAAUGUAAAUGAAAGACCUACAUGAUCCUCAGAAUAAGAACGCCAAAUCUUGAUAAACUUAAAUCAGCCACUAACAUCUGACUAAUUUUUCCUUAAAAGCCUGUCCUUCAGAACUGGUCUUCUUACAUUUUAUGUUUGAAAAUGCAGCAAAACACUCAGAAAACUUUUAAUUAGGAUCAGCUUUUUGUGUUAAAGAAUUUGUGCCUGAAGGAGUGAUGUAUCAGUAUGAAAGGCUGAGGCAUGCAUAACUAACAUAUGGAACAGAGAGGGCCUCUUGCUACCUGGUUUUGUAGGUAAGAAAAAAUAAACAUUCUUAAAACUUCUAAAAGAAAAAAAGAAUUUUACACACACGUGACACACACUAGUCAACAUCAUAUAUAUUUGUCUUGUACCACAUAAUUUUUAAUCUGAAGCUACAUAUUAAGCAUAUUCAGGGCAGAGUAUUGUUCCUGUUAGUGUUUAGUGUGAGAUGAUAGUAAAUAUUCCCUUUCUUUCUCCAACCACUUUACCUGAUAGUAAGCUAACUUUAGGCAAACCAGCAGCAGCACAACAAAUAUUUUCAAAUAAGACUCACAAACCUGAGUCAACACCAGUCUCAUCAAAGCUGGGGUUCUGUCGUUGUACUUUUGGUCUAAAAAAAUGUCACUCAUGCGUUUCAGGCAGAGUGUAGAAGAAGCCGGCUGCUGAAGGGCUUCUUCUUCAGUGGUGGAGGCUCAGGCAGGCUGUAUACAAACUACUGCCAGCUGCUCCCUCUCUGCUGGACUUUGAUACUGCAUGUUACUUCCACGAUUUAGAUCUGGGGCUGUUCAUAAAACAUUCGGGGCUUGAGCCCAAGUAGCCGGGCCUAAUGCCGCCCCUGCCAAAGAGUAACCAUCCUGGAUUCUAGUCUCGAUCCCAGCCUGCCGGAAGUGUGUCUAUCUCUACGUCGCUCACCUCCCCUGGCUGCCCACUCUCCACCGUCCACUUGCCCUGAAUCUUCCUCAACUACGACCCAGUCACCUCAGCUUGAUCCAUCUCAGACCGGACCUCACCAGCCUUGCCCCUUCCAACCUGUCCUCUGUCCUUCCACCGUAAGAUUACUCAAUUUUCCAUUUAUCACCUGGUUCUCACCCCAUUCGUUCUUCUGUUUUAGACCCGGACUUUCAUCCUUUCUCGUUUUGGAACAGCAUCCUAAGUUUCCCUUUUUAAGUUCCUUUAGAGAAAUAAACGUUUUGUAAAAUCUUACCUGUUUUCCCGUGUGUGAUUCUUUCAUGUGGGUCAGAAAACUUUCACCCACCAUUACACAUAUGGAACAGAGAGGGUCUCUUGCUACCUGGUUUUGCAGGUAAGAAAAAAAAAACACUCUUAAAACUACUAAAAGAAAAAAAAAUCAUCAGUUUUUAAAAAAAAAAUUGCAUUGAAAGAUAUAUUUAUUGUGAAAAAAAGGUCAGUAUAUUUUUUUGCAGUGGUGAAAACCAGCAUCUGAUUUCUGCAGCCAUGAUCAGGGUGUUACUAUAAAAAGCUAUAGGUACGCAUACACAACUUACUGCUAUUAUAGGUCAGCUGCUGAGUCUUUCACAAAACAAAAAAAAAAACAAUAAAAAGCUAAAUAAUCGAAGAAGAAGAAGAAGUGAAUGCCAUAACUGCAUGCAUAUCCCUGCAUGGAAACUACUCUUUAUGCAUUUAUGCACCAGCCUAAACUAAUGCAUACAAAAGUUUAAAGUGUGUUUGUCUUUUUGUCUUCAUCUAUCCUCUUUGACAGAAGUAAUUUUUGAAAUGUUGGAGCAUGCUUAGCAUCAUGUGCUUGAGUCAAAACACAAAGAAAGAGUAGCCUAGCCAGCUUGUUUAUGUGCAUUUAAAACCAGACUUUUUGGGAGUCUGUCCUGCAGAACUGGUCUCUCUCCCUUUCAUGU